AUGGACGCCUUGCCGGCGCUGUCCUCUGACCUUCGGCGAGGGACCCAUCCCGCUACAAACGCCGGUGAAGCCCUUCUCUUCCUCCCGCAGCCCGCCGUCGCCUGUAGUGGCGCUGUGCCGCUUUCUUCCUCUCCCCUCGCCCACCGGCGGUCCCCCGGCGGAAGGACCCUCCGGGCGGUGCCGCCGUACCCGCCGGAACCUCGCCGGAGUUCCGCCCGCCGGAGUCUCAGCGCCGGCCCACUGUCGUCCUUCCACAGGAAGGCGGCAACCGGAUACGCCGCCGCGCUGCUGGACGCCGCCCGCUGCGGCGGCACCAUCGCCGCCAUGGAGAGGGACGUGCGGAGGUUCGCGUGGGGGGUCCGCGCCUUGCUGGCCGACCCGCUGGUGGCGGAGGAACUGAAGGGAGCGGCGGUGAGACGGGCGGCGGAGGAGGGCGGGUUCUGCCGGCAGCUGGUGACGCUGGUGAGGAUGCUUGUGGGGAAGGGUAAGGUAUCCAUGGUGGGCAAGGUGAUGGAGGAGUUCGAGCGGAUUCAUGGCGAGCUCACCGGCAAGCGGGUUUCUCUGGUCUCCUCGGAGGAGAUGAUGGCCGUGGACUAG